UACAUCACCAGUAGUCAACAGAGUCGGCUUUCACCCUUUCUAUUACUGACCACAAACAACAAUCAAUAUCCGCUCCCCCAUCCAGUCCCGGUCUUUCACCCUUUCUUCCCAUUUUCCAUAACCCACUGAUCAGAAACAAGAUCUGCUACUAGUAAUGGCUAAACCAAGUCUGCCUUUGAUCAUUUCAUUUGCUAUUACUAUCACCGUCUUCAUCAAUUCAGACUAUUCUGCACAUUUAUGCAAUUCUCAAUCCGUAGCGAAUUUGUCCACUACAUGGAUCAAUAACAACCCAACAAUUAUCAUGAACUCAAGCUUUCUUUUUCCCGGGUAUCAAAUGACUCCGGUCCUUUCCCUAUCCGAUACCUCACAGUUCGUUUCCGGCUUCUACUGCUUCUCCAAAGAAACUACUUCAUGUUUCUUUGGUAUCUUCAUAUUUGGAGAAAGAAAGUACUCCUAUUUCGAAACCCAAAACUCUACCAUACUAAUAGAACCCCAGCCAGUAUGGUUUGCUAAUCGGGACCAUCCAGUGGAAGUUAAUGCGACCUUGAAAUUAACGGGCAAUGGGGAUUUGAUAUUGGAUGACGCGGAUGGAGAUAUGGUAUGGUCAACCGACACUGGAGGAAAGUCUGUCACGGGCUUAAGAUUCACCAAAUUCGGAAACCUCAUUCUUUUUGACAGCAACAAUGCAACGGUAUGGCAAUCUUUUGAUCACCCCAUGGACUCAUUACUUAUUGGACAAAAGCUGGUGUCAAACUCGGGGCAAAAGCUGAUAGCUAGAGCAUCAUCAUCUAACUUUAGCCGAGGCAUAUAUUCGCUUUCUGUUCAGAACGGUUAUUUGUUCAUUUGUAUGGAAGCCAAUCCUCCGGUGGUCUAUUACAAAUCCACUUUAGAGGCAAAUCCAAAUUCCAUAAAUUCGGAAAAAGCGUAUGUUGUGUUCGAGAACGGAAGCUUCAAUGGUCAAAAUUUCGCUCUCAGGUUGACAGCUCAGUUCAUGAGGCUGGAACCCGACGGGCAUUUGAAGGUUUACGAAUGGGGAGGAGGUGAAUGGAAGACCGUGGUGGAUUUGCUCACUUCAGAAUUUUUUGGUGACUGCGGGUAUCCAAUGGUGUGUGGCAAAUACGGCAUAUGUAGUUCAAACGGGCAGUGUAGUUGUUUUGCGGGAAGCAGCAAUGAAACAGAAAUUUUUAAGCAAAUAAAUUACAAGCAAACAAACCUCGGAUGCUCCCUUGUUACACCCAUUUCUUGUAAUCAUUCUCAGUAUCACAGUCUUUUGGAACUUGAGAAUACUAGUUACUUCAACUCAUAUUGGGAUUACUCAGACAGCAAUGAGUUGGAUAAUAAAACAGGAUUGGAGGAUUGUAAAAAUGCUUGUUUGAGAAAUUGUUCUUGCAAAGCAGCUUUAUUCGUGGAUACACAAGACUAUUAUCCUACGAGAGCUUGCCUGUUACUGUCAGAAGUUUUUUCUCUUAAAGAUGAUGACUUUGUAUCCAGCAACCUCCAUAUAUUUCUUAAAGUGCAGAAUUCUCCGACCAAACAGUCAUCGCCACCGAUAGAUUUUCCUCGAAAGAAAUCAAGAAGUGGGACAAUCAUCCUGGGAUCUAGUCUUGGAGCUUUGUUUGGCAUAUGUCUUUUGGUUGGAUCUUGCAUUCUAGUUCUCAAAAGGAAAAGAGAACUAGAGGAACUUGAUGAUGAGUUCUCUGUUGAUAAAGUACCGGGGAUGCCUACCAGAUUCUCAUACGGUGAUUUGAAAACUGCAACCAAUGACUUUAACAAUAAGCUGGGGGAAGGAGGAUUUGGGUCAGUCUUUGAAGGGAUGUUGAGUGAUGGCACCGAAGUAGCAGUGAAGUGUCUCGCCGGUUUAAGUCAGAUCAAGAAGUCAUUCUUAGCUGAAGUUCAGACAAUAGGCAGCAUCCACCAUUUCAAUUUGGUGAGAUUGAUCGGAUUUUGUGCUGAAAACUCUAAUAGGCUUCUAGUCUACGAGUACAUGUCCAACGGGUCCUUGGAUAGAUGGAUAUUCAAAAGACAUCAAGAGCUCACUCUUGGGUGGGAAUCCAGAAGGAAGAUCAUCGCGGAUAUAGCCAAGGGACUAGCCUAUCUCCAUGAGGGAUGCCGACAGAAAAUAUAUCAUUUGGAUGUCAAACCCCAAAACAUCCUCUUAGAUGAAAACUUCGAGGCAAAAGUUUCUGAUUUUGGAUUGGCAAAACUAAUUGAUAAGGACCAAAGCCGAGUUGUAGCGACGUUGAGGGGAACCCCCGGAUACAUGGCUCCUGAAUGGUUGAGCUCAAUAAUCACAGAGAAAGUAGAUGUUUAUAGCUUUGGGGUCGUGGUGUUAGAGAUCUUGUGCGGACGGAGAAAUUUGGAUAGGUCUCAACCUGAGGAAGAGAUGCAUUUAUUGGGUUUGUUCGAAAGGAAAGGAGAAGAGGGACAACUUUUGGAUAUGGUCGAUAAAUACAAUGCUGAUAUGCAAUUACAUGGAGCAGAAGUGGUGGAGAUGAUGAAGCUUGCUGUGUGGUGUUUACAAAGUGAUUACCGGAGGCGACCUUCAAUGACAGUGGUGGUUCAGGUCUUGGAGGGCUUGGUUAGUGUCCAAGACGAUUUGGACUAUAACUUCAUAAAUGCUCCAGCAAGAAGAACAAUUGCAGCUAUUGGCGAAGACAUGGAUGCUGUUUAUGAUGGCACUCCGUUACUAGCAUCAGUUCUAUCAGGACCAAGGUGAAGGCAAGUUUCUAGAAAUUAUAUUGAUAAAAUUUCAUUCGAGUGCAAAGGGAGUUGACAAAGUACAUAAUUGGUCCUAUCAGAAGUUUCUUCUAAGUUGUAAUUUCUUAUUUUUUCGGUGAACAAUUUCACACGAUACAUGGACUUGGCCAUUACAUGAUUCAUAUAUUUGUAAACCCAUGAUACGUACAUUCGGUGUUCUUACUGCCUGCUUUAAAAUGUAGCCCACAAAAAUGAAAGAGAAUGAGAAAAGGCACCUUAAGUUUCUUGUA